AUGUCCAAGGUUGACACGAUAAUGUUAAGGUUUCGCCCCAUCGCCCCCAAACCCCUUCCAGCCGGCGCUUUUUCCGAUGCGUCCUCGUCCGAGAGCGGCGACGCGUUCUCCAGAUCCGGUGGAGCCAAAAGAAAACACGUGAAAGAUAACGGCACCGGCAAACGGUGCAGUCGAGGGAUCCGGCGGAGAAGAACAGCGCCUCCGCCGGUGGUAACUCUCCCGCUGCUGCCGGAGACUCCGGAUCCGAAGGCUCCCGCCGAAGAAAGGAGCAAGAACGUGCCGGUGUGGCUGAGCUUCGAGAACCACGCCGAUGAUCCUUCGGAGGUGGAUCGACGGUGGUGCCUGCCGGCGGUGGCAUCAGGAGGGUCGGUGGUGAUGGUGGAGUCCGUGACGGAAACGUGGCAGGAGGAGGGGGAGGGGUUGGGGAAUAGAGACGAGGAGAGGAAGGUGAGGCUGGGAGAGGACACGUGCCCCUCGUUCAUAUCAGACGGGUACGGGAGGGUGACGUGGACGAAUGGGGCGUACAAGGAAUCGGUGGGUGAGGGAGGAGUAUGGUUGACAAUGAAGGUGAGCGUACCGUAUCAGUUCCGCGGGUUCACGUGCAGGGUAAGGGUGCAGUACGCGUGUGUGAAAGAGAGAACAGUGCCAUGUGAUGUGUGGAGAAUGGACAAUGGUGGGUUUGCAUGGAGAUUAGACGUUAAGGCUGCUCUUAGCUUGAGCUUAGCCUUAGCUUUGUAA